CCUUUAUUUGCUUCCCUAUUUCUCCUGUUGUCUUCAGUCCUGUGGUGGUUUGUCUUCGUAUGUACACGGGGUGUUUCCCUGCUGUGUCUAGUCUAGUCGUUCAAAUCAGUUUUGUUUUUCCCCUCGGUAGUGAUGGCAAAAUGGGGCUUCCUGAACCACUGAGACCUCGUAGCCCAUUGCUUCACCCAAAGGUUCAUUACUCUAAGCUUCAUUCAGCAUUGAUAUUAAUAUUGAACCUUCUGGACCAAUGACCUGACUAGACAUUUGUCCAUUGCCUGGGUAUCAAAUGAAAUGUUUCUUUCUCUGUCUGAAUUGACAUGUUUACUUGUAAUUUACAGAGACUACUGUCACACACAGUUAAUUAAUUAUUCAUAAAUUGUUUGGAUAGUGACAGUAUGAACAAUAAAAGUGACCCAGUGUUGAGUGCAGUGCUUCUGGUGGAGGGAGUGUAAAGUGUGGGCUGAGAAAGGCUAAGAUUUGUUGCUGGCGGGGUUUGUACAGUGAACUGUUUUAGUGCAGUGUUGUGCUUAUGGGUCUGCGGAUAUAGAGGAACAAACUGCAACACUGCAGUCUGGGGUGGGUGAAGGAAGGGUUACGCAUUAUUUUUAUUGAGGAACAGAAUUUUAUCAAGUGUGUUGGGGCUUAGAUGAUUCCUCUUCCUCUCCAGCCUUGGAAAAGAUCCUUUUGCAUGGAACAGAGGAUGCGGGGAACAUAAAAAUGCCUGUGUCAGCUGGUGUAUAUGAGGAUACUGAUGUUUAUGUUGAGCCCAGUAUACCAGUGGAUCCUCAGAUCUUGUGAGAUUCACUUCUGAUGAAUAUCGGUCCGCUUCUACAGUUGCAUUCGAGCUCCUUCUAAAAGUGCAUCAGGCGACCCAGUUGUUGUUGCAUUUAUAUUACUGCUGUGCUAUGUGUGUGUUGCAUUUUAAUUCUGAAUGUGAUGGGUGUUAUAGUUAAAGUACUUUACUGUUGAGUAGUUUACUCAAUGCAUCAUACUGUAAAAGACGUUUUUGCAGUGUUGCUGUCCUGUGUGAGAGAAAAAAAAUCCUCAUUACUUCACAUUUGUACGUGAAUACUUAACGAAUGUACUACUUGCUUAUACAGUCAAUCAUUCACUAAUGAACAAAUUUGGUUCAGUGGAAGAUUCUUGCCACCUACUGGAAAACAAACACUUUUACAAAUAGAAUUUUACAAGUACAGCCUUUAGAUGGCAGCAGAGCAUCACUCGACGGCUCCGCACGGGCUUAAGCCUUGCUGUGUGUUUACUGUGUGGCUCUAACGUGUGUAUUGUGUUUGUAGGUGGUGUGUUGAGUUUUGUGAGCUCUUUAUGAUGUGUGUAUUGUGUUUAUAGGUGGCGUGUUGAGUUUUGUGAGCUCUUUAUGAUGUGUGUAUUGUGUUUGUAGGUGGUGUUGAGUUUUGUGAGCUCUUUAUGAUGUGUGUAUUGUGUUUGUAGGUGGUGUGUUGAAGUGAGGAGGACACCGUGAGAAUGGCCACGCCACAGACUUCCAGACAGAGCAGCUACUCCUCAAUCUCUGGCAAAAUCAGGUGUGUGAUACAGGUGGACUCUGUGCAGCGCUGGAUGGAGGACUUGCGUCACAUGACGGAGGUGGAGUGCAUGUGUGUCCUGCAGUCCAAGCCCCUCGGUGUGGAUGAAGACGCCCCAGGGGAGCUCAUCGUGUCGGUGGGCGAGCAGGUGACCCGGGAUAACCUGCAGGCGCUGCUGAAGAGGGCGCUGGUGGUCAGCACGGAGCUGGGCAAGAUGUUCCAGCGGCUGGAGAAGCGGCGCUGGCAGCGGGUCCACAGCACGGCCCUCAGGGUCAGCGCUCACGUGCGCUCGCUCAUCCAGGAGUACAGCACGGCCAGGAGCGCUCCUGCAGACAUGCAGAAGUAUGAGAAAUCGCUGCUGGAGAAGUGCAUGGAGCUCAACGUCAUUACCGAGAGGUGUCUUCAUACGGAGGACGAAUACUUCCUCAAAUCCAUGAAGGAGGCCAUUCACGAGAUCCUGACUGACGUCAGCGACUCCUUCAGCCAUAUGAUUGACAUGGCACUGGCCAAUGAGAUUCAGAUUCUGAUCCAUCAGAUUGAGGAUUCGGAUAAUGUUUUUGCCAUCAGCACUGCCAUCAGUAACCUGCUGUCUCUAACACAGGACGGGCCGCAGCUCUGCAGCAUCAUCGCUAAAGAGGGCGCUGUGGUGGCGUUGCUGAAGAUCUGCCGGCAGGACUGCUUCAGCUCUCUGUAUGCACACGCGCUCAGGACUCUCGCCUCUAUCUGCUGUGUGGAAGACGGCAUCAGCCAGCUGGAAGAGGUGGACGGGAUCCUGUGUCUGGCAGAGAUCCUGACAGACGGCGAGUGUGCGGAGGCGACGCGAGCGGAGGCGGCGGCGGUCAUGGCUCAGAUCACCUCUCCUCAUCACAGCUCCACAAAACACCUCGCCAGCUUCCUGGAGAGCAUGCAGGACAUCGUCACAGCCCUCAUCAGUCUGUGUGCGAGCGCGUCCUGUGGUGAAGUGUUCCUGCUGGCCUCGGCAGCGCUGGCCAACAUCACGUUCUUCGACAGCAUGGCCUGUGAGAUCCUCCUGCAGCUCAACGCCGUUCCCAUCCUUCUGCAGGCCUGCAGAGACCGCCAGCGCGUCGACACGCCGUACUCCAAAGACCAGGUUGUGACCAUCCUUGCGAAUCUGUCCGUUCUGGAGCAAUGCUCUGUAGAUGUUCUCGAGGAGAAGGGAGUGGAGCAGCUGCUGGUGCUGCUGAAUGAGAAGCCGUCGUCCUCCAGUCCAUCCGAGGGCGCCGCGUGCGAGCGGGUCCAGCAGAAAGCUGCCGUCACACUGGCUCGUCUCAGCAGAGACCCGCUGGUGGCUCAGACUGCAAUUCAGCUGCGGGCUGUUCCCCGCCUCAUUGAGUUGUGUCGCUCGCCAGCGGAAAGGAACAACAGUGAUUCGGUACUGGUGGCCUGUCUGGCUGCGCUGAGGAGGCUUGCGUCCGAGUGUCCGGACAGCAUCGGGCUCUCGGACCAUCAGCAGCUGAUCAAGCCCAGACUGGUGGACUCGUUCCUGCUGUGCUCCAACAUGGAGGAAAGCUUCGUCUGAAUCACAGCAGCUCUCAAAGUAUUUAUUUGUUUCCAGCGAAAGAACCAGAGAUAUUCAACCUGAGAACGUUAGCAUCAAUCACUCAUGACUGAUGCAAAAAGUAUUAUUACAGGGAUUUAGAAAAAUGUAGAGUAUCAUCUAAAACUCAUGUUCAGCUCAGACAUUCAGAUGUAUCAUGUGUAUAUUUCCUAUUCAAAUGAAUGUAAAUUGAUGUUUGAUACCACAGCCUAUAGGGCUGAAAAUUAGCAUGUCCUGAAUAAAGCAGAACUCUAUUGUG